GCUACAAGCGGUGCAUUCUCCUAUCCCGCUUUAACUCCCGUCUUGCCCUGCGGGAGGAUCUGCUACCGGUGCAGUUUAUUCCGUACCGGCUCGGGUGAUAAGUCGAUGUGACAGAGAUAUUACGCAUGCUGGAUCGGCGAGGUGGAUGAGAGCCCAGACUACUUUAGAGUGGACUUUCCCGAAGAGCAUUUAAACAUGUGAAGAGCUCGCACUUCCACGAACGCUUUCCCCCAGCUGAUCGAGGUUGGAUGGUGACACCGAUGCAAACUCUAGGAGACGGAUCCUGCUUUUGGAGUUACUUACUCUGUAUUCCAUGUGAGAUAUUUGGUGGAGAUAUGCGCAGUGUAGAGGAUGUGGUUUGCGCACAUCCACCGCUGGUCUGAACCGACUCACGGCGUUUUACCUGGACGCUUGCGGAUGAUUUUGCGCUUCUGAAACCUCCUGCGCGCACUAAAGCAGCACUCUGAUGUUUAAAAAUAUACAAAGGCUGAACACUGAAUCCUCUACUGAAGACGGCAAGCGAAGAUGCCUCCUAUGUGUUUAAUGUGUAUUUCAUUAGAUUGGCGUCCAGUCUAAUAAACAUCAUCAGCGAUGUAGUCAGCCUGUUCAUCUGCGUGCUCAUCAUUUGCAGUAAGUAUUCACAUCUGCUCAAAAGGGAGACCAUGAAGAUGAUCCUCCUGCGCAAAUUCCGGGUUUUGAUCCUUAUGGUGUUUCUGAUUGCGUGCUCGAUGCACAUAAUGAUAGACUUGUUACCAAAGCUGGAGAGGCACGGGAACAGCGGCUGCUCGUGCUCCCACACGCCGAGCGAGGAGCCUCAAAACUGGGGGAAACAGGGCUGGCCUAACAAGCACACGCUGCGGAUCCUCCAGGACUUCAGCAACGAGCCCAGCUCUAAUGUUUCCUCCCACUCUCUGGAAAGGAUCCCGGCCACGGGAGACAAAACGCAGGCUCUCAGGAGGCUGGAGCAUCUCGGGCAACGCGCAGACAGGAAGAGACAGUUCAUCCAGGACGUGAACAAAAACAUGCCGGUGAAGGGUUCAAGGUUGUCGGCUCUCUACGACCACCCCUUAUUCAAAAGAUCCCCUCCACCUCUGACCGACGAGGACACUCUGUUCAACGUCAACACGGACAUCAGAUUUGAUCCCAAAGCUGCAGAGGAUCAGGCAUGGAAUACUGAAGGCAACCCGGAGGAGUUCAGCCCAACAGGGGAGCUGACGUCCGACUCCUACCCCAACUGGCUCCGCUUCCACAUUGGGAUUAACCGAUACGAGCUGUACUCCAGGCACAACCCGGUCAUCGACGCUCUCCUGAAGGACCUGGUCAGCCAGAGGAUCACCAGCGUUGCAAUGAAGUCCGGAGGCACUCAGCUGAAGCUCAUCAUGACCUUCCAGAACUACGGCCAGGCUCUCUUCAAACCCAUGAAGCAGACCCGGGAGCAGGAGACCCCCCCAGACUUCUUCUAUUUCUCCGACUUCGAGAGACACAACGCAGAGAUCGCUGCCUUUCAUCUGGAUAAGAUCCUGGACUUCCGACGGGUCCCUCCCGUGGCCGGCAGGCUGGUCAACAUGACGAAGGAGAUCCGGGAUGUGACACGAGACAAAAAACUCUGGAGGACCUUCUUCAUUUCACCAGCCAACAACGUGUGUUUCUACGGAGAGUGUUCGUACUACUGCUCCACUGAGCACGCUCUGUGCGGGAAACCCGACCAGAUAGAGGGAUCCCUCGCCGCCUUUCUCCCUGACCUGGCGCUCGCCAAACGCAAGACCUGGAGGAACCCGUGGAGACGCUCCUACCACAAACGCAAGAAGGCAGAAUGGGAAGUGGACCCGGAUUACUGCGAGGAAGUGAAACAGACUCCUCCGUACGACAGCGGGACGCGACUGCUGGACAUCAUGGACAUGACCGUCUUUGACUUCCUCAUGGGAAACAUGGAUCGGCACCAUUAUGAGACGUUCGAAAAGUUUGGAAAUGAGACGUUUAUCAUCCACCUGGACAACGGCAGAGGAUUCGGAAAGCACUCCCAUGACGAGGUCUCCAUCCUGGUGCCGCUGACCCAGUGCUGCAGGAUCAGGAAGUCGACCCACCUGCGUCUGCAGCUGCUGGCUAAAGAGGAGUACAAGCUGUCGGUGCUGAUGUCAGAGUCUCUGGUGAGGGACCGGCUCAGCCCCAUCCUCAUCCAGCCGCACCUCCACGCCAUGGACCGACGGCUACGCCAGGUGCUGAAUGUGCUGUCAGACUGCGUUGAGAAGGAGGGCUACACUUACGUGGUAGAGGACGACCUCCAGGGGCCCGACCGCGCACACCCGGGCCCCCGGCAGAGGUAGCUGUCCCGGGGCGCUGGCAGCAGGAUCGGACUGACUCCCUGGAGAGAGGAGAUCCGGUCUUUGUCUUAAAAACCCUGAAACUCAGAUGAACUCCGUCUGCACUGGGAUUUAUUUUGCAGGAUCAUCAGCUGCCUGGAAGUGGAAGCCUGCUGGAAAGGACUUACAAACUUGACUCGUUCUGCACGGGUGACUUGUGGAUAAACCUGGGUCGAGGUCACAAACUGAGCUGAGCCCCUGCAUCACCUGGACUCCUCAAAAAAAAACACCCGACCGGACUCUAGUGUAGGACAACGUCACCCACCGCAGCACUACAAAACCAUUGAAGUCUUGCAAGAGACGCCUUCUCUCUGUUUUCAGGACCCUGUUUUUGAAUUCAGUGAAUUCUGAGGGACUUGUAAAGUACCCCCCCUCCCCUCUCUCUCUCUUCACAAGCUGAACUAUGUGUUUAUACGUAUCGUUGGUAUUGAAGUGUUUCACGGUGGACGAGGAGUUGUCUUAAUUAUCCAAAUUUGUUGAUUUGCUGAAAAGAUGUUUUAUUACUGAGUGUCUGAGUUGUAUCAUUGGUAUUCAAGAUGGAAAUAUUUGAAUGGAGUGCAGGUUUGCUCCUGGAUUUAUCUGCCCAUAAAUGAGAGUAUUUAUUUAAAAGAAAAACCUAUUUAUUAUUUGAAAUCACUUUCUGUUUAAAGAAAACACAGUGGUGUAAUUCCGCAUUCGUCCACAAGAGGGCAAACGGAGCACGUGCAAAAGCUCCGUGCCUCAGCAAAAUCUCCAUAUUUAAAAUAUCUUUAAAAAGGUUAAAUUCAAACUACUGUUUCUUUAUUUCAAUGCAACAGAUUUAAAGUACCAAAAGCCAAAUGUGACACUUAAUAGUUUUAUAUUUUUUGUUUUGUUUGUAAUAUAUUUGAUGUCCAGAUGUUGCUGUUGUGGAGAGAUUAUUUUUCAGGAUGUAUAUUUCAUUCAUUACCAACAGCUGACAGACUUGAACUGUCAACGGUGCAGUCGCUGGAGGAAAGUUAAUAUAUAAAGUAGGAAACUCUAGUGCCUGUGCAAUGAUAGAAAUACUUGAAUGUCUGGUUCCAUGGCGGAGAGUUAAGAUACGGAGGUCUUCAUAAAUGUGUGUGUGCUGACUUCUCCAUUAAGGGUUUUAUUUCCAUCGUCCUGUGUCAGGUCAGUUCAGUGUGUGUGUGUGUGUGUGUGUGUGUGUGUGUGUGUGGGUCCAUGGAGAACCUUAAGAUGGUGUUCUUAAAGGGAAAACGCUUCUUUGUUUUUUAUUCAAUUUUCUGUUGAUUCUUUUUCCAUUUCUUUGCAUCAUGGUUUAAGUGCAAUAAAACAAAAA